GGGAAUGACAUAGCUGGUAUGACACAUGCGUUUGGUCAUCUCUCUGUCCGUUCAUAAACCCUGGAGCCAUUUCAAUUAAUAUCUCAGUUGAUUCAACUCUGAAAUCCACGAAAUACAAUUUUAUUUUGCAUGUAAGUCUCUGGGAAAGCUUGGUGGGUUGUGUUUGGAAUUUGAUUUUAUAUGAUAAGAAAUUAGUGCAGUAGUUGAAGUGAAGGGACAAUGAGCAAUCCUGGGAGUGGACGUAGCAGCUUUGACAUGUGGAGAAACACUUCCAUGGAAGUUUUCUCCAUGUCUUCUCGUCACGAAGAAGAUGAUGAAGAGUCUCUGACAUGGGCUGCUAUCGAGAGACUGCCUACGUAUUUACGCACGCGGAGAGGUCUGCUUGCGGAAGAGGAGGGCAAAGCUAGAGAGAUUGAUGUGACGAACCUGGGAUUACUAGAAAGGAAGAACUUGUUGGAGAGACUGAUUAAGAUUGCAGAGGAAGAUAAUGAGAAGUUCUUGUUGAAGCUCAAGGAUCGCAUGAACAGAGUUGGACUUGAAUAUCCGACAACUGAAGUCCGGUUCGAGCAUUUAAAUGUUGAAGCAGAGGCUUAUGUUGGCGGUAGGGCAUUGCCUACAAUGUUCAACUUUUCCAUUAAUAUGUUAGAGUUGUUCUUGAAUUAUCUCCAUAUUCUUCCAAGUCGAAAGCAACAAUUACCAAUCCUCAAUGAUGUUAGUGGAAUUAUCAAGCCAAAAAGAAUGACACUGCUUUUAGGCCCCCCGGGCUCUGGAAAGACCACAUUACUAUUGGCACUGGCCGGAAAACUUGGUAAAGAUCUAAAACUUUCGGGGAGAGUUACAUACAACGGACACGGGAUGGAAGAGUUUAUACCAGAGAGAACAUCAGCUUAUAUAAGUCAACAUGAUCUACACAUACCGGAAUUGACAGUGAGAGAAACGAUGGCUUUUUCAGCAAGAUGUCAAGGGGUCGGGCCACGUUAUGAAAUGCUGGUAGAAUUAUCAAGGAGAGAGAAGGCCGCAAACAUUAAGCCGGAUCCUGAUCUUGAUGUUUACAUGAAGGCAGCAGCACUGGAAGGACAGGAAACCAAUGUAGUUACAGAUUACAUAAUCAAGGUUCUGGGGCUCGACAUUUGUGCUGACACCCUGGUAGGGGAUCACAUGAGACGAGGUGUCUCUGGUGGACAAAGAAAGAGACUCACCACAGGGGAGAUGCUGGUCGGACCAGCAAAAGCACUUUUCAUGGAUGAAAUAUCUACCGGCUUGGACAGUUCGACUACAUAUCACAUAGUAAAUUCACUCAGACAAUCCAUCCACAUCCUCAAUGGAACUGCUCUAAUCUCUCUCUUGCAGCCAGCACCAGAAACUUAUGAUCUCUUUGAUGACAUAAUUCUCCUCUCAGAUGGCCACAUUGUGUAUCAAGGCCCUCGUGAGAAUGUGCUUGAAUUCUUCGAACAAAUGGGAUUCAAAUGUCCAGAGAGGAAAGGAGUUGCUGAUUUCCUACAAGAAGUAACAUCAAGGAAAGAUCAAGAGCAAUACUGGGCUCAUAAAGAGAAGCCUUAUAGCUUUGUAACUUCCGAUGAAUUUGCUGAAGCAUUGCAGUCAUUUCACAUCGGUAGAGAACUUGGCGAUGAGCUUGCCAUUCCGUUUGACAAGUCUAAAGGCAACCCUGCAUCUUUAACAACUAAGAAGUAUGGAGUUGGCAAGAAGGAACUUUACAAAGCUUGUAUGUCUAGACAAAUUUUGCUUAUGAAGAGGAAUUCGUUUAUCUACAUUUUCAAAAUGAUCCAGUUUAGUUUAAUGGCUUUGGUAACAAUGACAUUAUUCUUACGGACUGAGAUGCACCGAGGUAGUGUGGAAGAUGGUGGGAUUUACAUGGGAUCUUUGUUUUUCACAAUUGUGAUCAUUAUGUUCAGUGGGUACUCAGAACUUGCUAUGACUGUAAUGAGACUUCCUGUGUUUUUCAAGCAAAGGGAUCUUCUGUUCUUUCCUGCUUGGGCGUAUGCUUUACCGAAUUGUCUGAUAAGGAUCCCUUUGACCAUUGUGGAGGUUUCUAUUUGGGUGACCGUUACUUACUACGUUAUAGGUUAUGAUCCGAACAUUGGAAGGUUCUUCAAACAGUUCCUUUCACUGCUGUGUAUUAGCCAGAUGGCAAAUGGACUGUUCCGAUUGAUAGCGGCAAUAGGCAGGAGCCCAAUUGUUGCAAACACAUUUGGGUCUGCUGCUUUACUUGUUGUUUUCGUUCUAGGUGGCUUUAUCUUAUCUCGAGACAGUAUGAAGAAAUGGUUGCUGUGGGGGUAUUGGCUCUCACCGAUGGCAUAUGGAAUGAAUGCCUUGGCCGUCAACGAAUUUCUUGGAAAAAGUUGGAGACAUGUUCCUGCCAACUCCACAGAACCAUUAGGAGUUCUGGUCAUGAAGUCUCGAGGGGUACUACCAGAAGCGCGCUGGUACUGGCUUGGAGUAGUAGCUUUACUUGGAUUUAUUCUUUUAUUCAACUUCCUUUUCACCUUGGCACUUCAGUAUCUUGAUCGUAAGUACCAACUUAGACAUUUUUCUUCUCAUCAUUGGAGAUGUUCUAACAAUCACACUAAAUUUUCUGUAGCCAUUGACAAGCCUCAGGCAGUAAUGUCCAAAGAAGCCUUGGCAAAGAAACUUGCCAAGAAAACUGGAGACACCACCGAGCUUUCAUUAACAAGAAAUGAAAGUCAAGAGAAUAUGUCUGCCAAUCGUACCAGGAAGCGAGGAAUGGUUCUUCCAUUUGAACCCCUCUCAAUUACAUUUAAUGAAAUCAGAUAUGCAGUUGACAUGCCACAGGAAAUGAAAGCUGAAGGCAUAACUGAGAAUCGACUAGAACUUCUGAAGGGUGUGAGUGGUGCCUUUCGGCCUGGUGUCCUAACAGCCCUAAUGGGUGUUAGUGGCGCAGGAAAGACUACUCUAAUGGAUGUCUUGGCCGGAAGGAAAACAGGUGGAUAUAUCGAGGGAAACAUCACCAUAUCUGGAUAUCCAAAAAAUCAAGAAACAUUUGCUCGCAUAUCCGGAUAUUGUGAACAAACAGAUAUACACUCUCCUCAUGUCACGGUUUAUGAGGCUUUGAUUUAUUCAGCAUGGCUCCGGUUACCACCAGAGGUUGAUUCCCCAACCAGAAAGAUGUUCAUCGAGGAAGUUAUGGAGCUUGUGGAACUGACCUCAAUAAGGGAAGCACUUGUUGGAUUGCCCGGAGUGAAUGGUCUUUCAACUGAGCAGCGUAAAAGGCUAACAAUUGCAGUAGAGCUUGUUGCCAACCCCUCCAUAAUAUUCAUGGAUGAGCCAACCUCUGGCCUUGAUGCCAGGGCAGCAGCAAUUGUAAUGAGAACAGUGAGGAAUACGGUGGACACUGGGCGAACUGUAGUCUGCACCAUUCACCAGCCAAGCAUUGACAUAUUUGAUGCUUUCGAUGAGCUGUUUCUUUUGAAACGAGGAGGCGAGGAAAUAUAUGUUGGGCCUUUAGGCCACCAUUCUUCCGACUUGAUCAACUAUUUUGAGGGAAUUAGUGGAGUUUCUAAAUUACGGGACAGUCACAAUCCUGCAACUUGGAUGCUGGAGGUUACUUCUGCAGGACAACAAGAGGCUCUCGGGGUUAGUUUCAGUGACAUAUAUAAGAACUCGGAACUACACAGGAGAAAUAAGGUCUUGAUCAAGGAACUAAGUACUCCACCACCAAAUUCAAGAGAUUUGCACUUUUCUACACAGUAUUCUCAGUCUUUCUUCAACCAGUGUAUAGCUUGCCUAUGGAAACAGCAUUGGUCUUACUGGCGAAACCCAUCAUACAGUGCAGUGAGACUUUUGUACACUGCUAUGAUGGCUUUAGUAUUUGGGACAAUAUUCUGGGGUCUUGGUUCCAAAAGGAAUAACCAACAAGAUGUUCUUAAUGCAAUGGGUUCUAUGUAUUCUGCUGUUCUCUUCAUUGGGAUACAAAAUGCCUCAUCAGUGCAGCCAGUUGUAGGUAUUGAAAGGAUAGUAUUUUACAGAGAAAGGGCUGCUGGAAUGUACUCAGCUUUUCCAUAUGCCUUGGGACAGAUAAUCAUUGAGCUUCCAUAUACUUUGUUCCAAACUAUCAUAUAUGGGCUUAUAGUAUACACCAUGAUCGGAUUCGAUUGGACGGUCGGCAAGUUCCUUUGGUAUCUCUUCUUCAUGUACUUCACCUUCUUAUACUACACAUUGUAUGGUAUGAUGAUUGUGGGCAUUACUCCCAACACAACCAUUGCUGCUGUAGCUUCCUCAGCCGUCUACCCCUUAUGGAAUGUUUUUUCCGGAUUCAUCAUUCCAAGAACAAGAAUUCCGAUAUGGUGGAGAUGGUUCUACUGGGUGUGUCCGGUGUCUUGGACUUUGUACGGAUUGCUUACUUCACAAUUUGGAGGCAUCAAGGAUACGCUUGAUUCGGGUGAAACUGUUGAAGAUUUUAUGAAGGAUUAUUUUGGCUACAGAGAAGGCUUUCUAGGUGUUGUUGCAAUUGUCCAUGUUGGGAUUUCAGUGCUCUUCGGAUUCAUCUUUGCCUUUUCAAUCAAGACAUUGAACUUCCAGAAGAGAUGAAAACAAACCUUAUAUAUGUACAUGUGAAUAAAUUGAAGGACUUAAUGAUCUUUAGUUUUGCUCGGA